UCACAAGUCUUUAUCUUUGCUGUUCUUCUUCAUUUUAAACAGAUUUUCGUAUAUCUUUGUUUCAAUUGACAAGAGAUCAUUACAUUAAAAAUCUAGAAUUCGUCAAUUUUAAAUCAUCUGGCUGAUUUUAUUGUUUUAUAAUGUCAAAAGGGGUGGUUGAAGUUAAUUGCAAAAAGGAUCCUGCAGAAUGUGAAGCGUACCUGCAAAAUGGCUACAUCAAACUGAGCGAGUUCAAACUAAUCGAACAGACUGCAUUCGUCGACCGAUUCACAAAUGGGAAAUGUGUGAAGGCGUUUGACCACGUCGGAAUCAUACGAGAGGUGGCCUUGUACGCGGUUGAUCUGCCCAGUUCGGAACGGAAAGAUCCAUUACGUCAUAAUAGCGACUCGUACGAAGACUCCAACUUCCUAAUAAGGAACCAGUAUAUCAUAUUGAUCAUCAUUGGAAUCAUUGCGACCAUCACAAAUUUUCACCUUCUUGUCAAAGCCGUGAAAAAUGUCAGAAAAGGUCGUUAUUCACACAUCGUUCACGCGACAUUAUUUGUGACCAUGUUUCUAUUUUGCGGCCUUGAAAUGUCAAUCACAACAUUUAUCUUUGAAGUUCUUGACGUCUAUGUCGACAAAAAAGAAACGCCAAAACUUCAUCAAACUUUGUUGACGGUAACUGAAACACGACGAAGAGUUGUUGGCGCUGUUACUAGCCUAAGUGCUAUUUUCACAGCAAUUGAUCGUUUAAUUCAUUUCAACAACCAUCUCAAUAUCCAGAAAAGAAAAAAAUUAGUGAAAAGAAAUGCUAAGUUUUUUGUGUGUACAGUAAUUUUGGCCAUUUUGGAUUGCGUAAUCAUGUCGUUCCUGGAAAGUCAUUGGCGAGCGAACAAACGUUACGUAACUGAACCGAAUGACGAAAAUGUCAUAUACUAUAGUUCGUAUAAAAUUUUCGACGACGGCAAGCAUGAAUUUAACAUCUACCGAAUUCUGGAUGUUUUCGAUGCAAUGUUGCCCGUAACGUUCAUUUUCACAACUAUAAUUUGCCUAUCAAUUUACUCGGUAACUUUUUGGAAAAUCUUACGGAAGUUCAGCACUUUACGUAACACCGCAAUCGAGGGCCAAUCACAUAUGAUAAUAAUACUUAGGAAGUCCCUGCAUACAGUAAGUGUUAACCUCGGCUCGGUUUUGUGUUAUGUAAUAUGCUGGUUUCCUUACGCAAUCCUGAGUCGGCUUUCGGAAAUGAAUACGAACUGUGCUCGGACUUAUUACACAAAGAUCCUGCUGAGGUUCGAACCGGGUUCCUUUGGUUGGGAGUCUACCACGUUUCUGUAUUCAAUUAGCGGAGUCCUGUUUUAUUUGUUCGCCGUAAUGCACUCUUUGAAUUUCAUGUUUGGGCAUCGGCAAUAUAGUGUCAAAAUUUCAUCGUGCCGGCGUGACAACGAAGAUGUGGUCGGCACCAAUACAAACGUCGAAACGUAUGUCCCUGUUGCAAUGCUGGCGCUCAACCGUCGCAAUGACGAUAACCACGUUUUAUUGGAAGAUACACUCAAAGAAUAUGAUUUUAUGGGCUGAAAAGCUCUGUAACAACGCGUUGAAACGUUUUUAAUAUUCAUUGUUCAAAAACUAUGUAAAACGGAAAAAAAACUAGUAUUCUUGGAAUGUAAAUCUUAUAAGUCUCUUGCAUAAAAGUUC